AUGAGCACGUAUUCAGCAAGUACAGCCCAUGUAGAUAAUGGCGGCACUGCGACCUGCACGUACCCCGGCCCUGGGUCCAUGUAUGGCAGUGCUGUGCAUCUGCCACGGCAAACCCGCGUCUUGCCAAACGGUCCUGGUGGCUCGGAUCGCAUUGUGCUCAACGGCAUGCGCGGACCCACCGGACUGAAUGCAAGCGCAGGCAGAGAUUCGUUUGGAUCUGGUGCGCGAUCGUCGUCCAAAUCGUUCAGCAGUUCGUUCCCUACGUCGUUUGGUGCGGCGGGUGAAGCUAUGUCUUUGCCUGCCUCGGAGCGUGCUCGCCCAGCACAGGCCGCAAGGAUCUCUCCAUUAGACGCCGUCCCAGUCAAUGCGGAUGGCGUGCACAACCAAGACGUUUCGAUGAAUCUCCCUUCCUCAUCGAUGGCCGGUAGUGAGGCAAAAACCAUCAACGGCACGACACAGCUGAACAGCACCGCCCCGAUACAUCCCAUGGCAUCGAUGGAAUCUGCGGAUGCACACCAUCGCUACAUAUUUGAUGGACAAAACUGUGGGAAAGACCACGAAGUGCAUAUCAGUUCACAGCACCGCGGAGAAUCCCCCUUUUCGAUGAGCAGGAUGGACAGCGAAAUGGACAUGAAAGAUGGGGCAAAUCACUCGAACCAGCAGCUGCACAAGUGCGAGAGCUGCUCGAAGGUGUACCGCCACCCAAGCUGUCUUGUCAAGCACCGCUGGGAGCACACCAUGUAUUGGAAGGAGGCAUCCAAGUUUCUCAUGAGCAAGCACCAACAAGUGCAGCUGCUAGAGGCCGCAGCGAUCCUCGUUGGCAUGGAUUCGAAUGCACGCUCACUCCCCGAAGAAAAGGCACUGUGGCCUGCGGCAGUAAGCCCUCCAUCGUCUGGUCUACUUGGAUGCGAUCAGGUGAAUUUCGAAAAGCUCAUGGCGUCCAAGACGCGCAAUACUUCAGGCGGCCCCAAGACGCCCAGCAUGGCGUACGGCGCUUCCGCGCCUGCUCAAUCUGCAGCACUGGGAAAUUUCCAUGGUGCUUCUUACCAGCGCGGUGCACGCCGUUCUGACCGCUCGUCUGACGAGGAUGUCGAGGAGGAGGACACGCCAGCCGAUGUGGAGGACGUGCAUGCUCGCGAAGGCGUCUAUGGUCUAAGUUCUGGUGGCGAUGUCAUGGCAGAUAUGGACAUGGAUGCGGAUUAA